AUGACAAUGCUUAUGUGGAAUAUAAGGGGGGCAAACCAAAGGCAUAAACAGAAAGAGUUAGCUAAAUAUAUCAAAGACAAACACAUCACUCUAGCUGGAUUUGUAGAGACUAGAGUUAAGCAGCAUAAUGCUUCAGUAAUUGUCCCUAAAAUAGCUCAUUAUCGGGAUCUGGUGCACAACUAUGAACAAGCAGCUAAUGGUAGAAUAUGGAUUAUGUAUGAUACAAACAUUUGGCAGGUGGACACAGUUGUUAAGGAUGCACAGUUUAUCCAUUGUAAUGUUACUAGCACUAAUGUGAGUUGUGCUAUGACUGUGACAUGUGGAUAUAACAGUGCAGACUUAAGGAAAGGGCUGUGGCACAAACUAAAGAUUCUAGCUCAAUCUAUUAAUCAACCAUGGCUCAUAUGGGGUGAUUUUAAUGCAAUUAAGACUACUCAAGAUAGAAUCUCAAGACAGGAAGUAUCAUUGGCUGAUAUUCAAGACUUUGCAGAUUUCUGCUUGGAUACCAUGACUACUGAUAUUCCUUGGAGGGGGGACUAUUUCACCUGGUCUAAUGGGCAAAUGGGAGUGGAAAGAGUAAUUAGCAGAAUUGAUAGAGCACUAGGAAAUAGUGAAUGGAUGAUGAAGUUUGGACACCUAACAGUUGAAGUGGGAGAUCCAUUUAUAUCAGAUCAUUCUCCAUUGUCUCUGAAGUUUGAACAAAGGAAGUCUGUAAAAGUACCAUUUAGAUUCUUAAAUGUUUGGGCUGAACAUGAGGAACUUCAGAGGUGCAACAGGGAAAUUGAGCAAGCAAGAAAGGAGAUAAUUGAAUGUCAACAAGAGAUGAAGAAUGGCUACACUGACCAAUUAAGAAUGAUGGAAAAAGCUGCUAGAGAAAAACAGGAGAAAUGGUCACUCAUUGAAGAAAAGAUUCUCCAACAAAAGUCAAGAGCUCAAUGGAUCAGAACAGGAGAUGGAAAUAAUAAAUACUUCUUUGAUGUGAUGAAAGAAAGAGCCUGCAACAAAAACAUUACAACUCUAAAAGAUUUGAAUGGUAAUAUGCUAACAGAUUCAAAGAGUAUCAAGAGAGAGAUUGUAGAAUUUUACAAAUCACUUAUGGGGAAAGCUGCUGCCCAAUUACCUGCUGUGAAUAUGCAAACAAUGAAGAAGGGACCUCAACUUAACCAACAACAAUCCAUGGAGUUGAUUAAAGCUGUAACCAGGCAGGAAGUUGAUGAAUCUAUUCAGGCUAUUGGAAAUGAUAAAGCUCCUAGGAUAGAUGGGUACAAUGCAGUAUUCUUUAAGAAAGCAUGGGAUAUAAUGAAGGAAGAUGUGUAUGAGCUGUUAUAG